GGGAGGUGGACUUGCAGGAGGAGGAGGAUGGGACUUUGGAGGGAGGCGGGAGUUGUGGAUGUUCAAAUUUUUUCUACGUGCUGUGUGAAAUGCAAGAAAGGUGAGGAUCCUUCAUCAGUUUGCGUGAGUUUGAGUAUUGAGAAACAUAUUUCUUUCAAUAGAUGAGGCAACAACCUAAAGAAGACGGUAUGAUUAUGUAUUCAAAUGCAUCUGCUGGGGAAAUUCUAACACUGGCACCAUUGGGUUUAUCUGCUACAGAUAUUUAUCCAGCGUUUGUAUUUGGUGCACUUACUUAUUUUAUUAUUGUAUUUUGCAACAUGUUGGUUUUAACAACUAUUGCUGUGAGUAAAAAGCUACACAAGCCCAUGUUUAUCCUGCUGUUCAACUUGCCCAUUAGUGACAUGUUGGGUGCUACAGCUUUUUUUCCUCAGCUUCUUCUCACCAUUGCAACACAGAACAGGGUGAUUUCAUAUCCUGCAUGUAUUACUCAAGGUUUUCUGAUUCACUUUUAUGGUACAGGAAACCUGCUGAUCUUGACUGCCAUGGCAUAUGACAGAUACAUUGCUAUAUGUUGUCCUUUAAGGUAUAAUACCAUCAUGAGUCAAAAUAAUUUAAUCAGAAUUAUUAUUGCAAUAUGGUUUCUUAAUUUUUCAUUGAUGUUUACAUUGUUUGUUUUACUUGUGCGGUUUAAAGUUUGCAGGACAAAUAUAGUGGAUUUGUACUGUAACAAUCCAUCAUUAGUGAAACUGGUCUGUGAGGACACCAGAUUGAACAACUACUAUGGAAUGGCUAGUGUGCUUGUGGUUUUGGGUGGACCAUUGUUGAUAAUAAUAUACACAUAUGCACAGAUCUUGCGUACAUGUGUCAUGACUAGUCAUACAGAUGCCCGGAGAAAAGCCAUUCAAACAUGUGGUACACAUUUAGUUGUUUUCUUAAUUUUACAAAUCAAUACUGCCUUUACACUCAUUGCUCAUCGUAUUGAGGGUGCAUCCCCUUUCAUCAGAAGGGCUCUUGGUGUGUCAGUCUUAAUAUUUCCCCCUUUUUUGGACCCAAUUAUAUAUGGACUGAAAACUGCAGAACUGAAGCAGAGCAUAUUAUUGUACCUAAAAAGAAAGGCUUGUUCGACUAAGUUGUAA